AGACUAGUAGUGUCAGUAUCCUUUUCUCCUUCACAUAAUUGCGCCCCCAAAUUAUACUGAGACUCUGAGACUAUGGCGGCUCCGAACAAGGAUGGCGUGCUAUUGGAUUUCUCUCCAAUGCUUAUAGUCUACACCGACGGCCGCGUCGACCGGAUCGCUAACUUUCCUUAUGUUCCUCCAUCGCCGGAAGACCCAUCCGCCGCUGUCUCCUCCAAAGACGUCACCAUCUCUCCUCAUAUCUCCGCCAGAAUCUACCUCCCAAAGCUCGCCGCCGCUGACCAAAAACUCCCCAUCUUAGUCUGGUUCCACGGCGGUGGAUUUUGCAUCGAAUCCGCCUUUUCCUCCCUCUACCACCGCUACCUCAACAUUCUAGCCUCGGAGGCCCAAGCCGUCGCCGUCUCCGUCGAGUACCGGCUCGCGCCGGAGAACCCCUUGCCGGCCGCGUAUGAGGAUUGUUGGGAAGCUCUACAGUGGGUCGCUUCUCACGCGCACCCGGAGAAAAUCGGCGUAAAAGAACCAUGGUUAGUUAACCAUGGUAACUUCGAUAAGAUUCUCAUCGGCGGCGAUAGCGCCGGCGGUAAUAUAGUCCACAACACCCUGAUUAGAGCUGGAAAAAUCGGAGAAGUGAAGAUCUCGGGUGCGAUUCUAUCUUACCCAUACUUCUGGGGCUCAUUCGAAGCCAACACUGAAUCUUUAGCCAGAAGGGUCUGGGGUUUCGUUUACCCGACAGCUCCAGAUGGAAUCGACAAUCCCCUGAUUAAUCCAUUUGUGGAGAAUGGUCCGAAGCUGUCUGGGUUGGGUUGUUCGAGGAUGUUUGUCUGUGUGGGAGAGAAAGAUGCGCUGAAAGGAGUGGGAAUUCGAUAUGUUGAGGCAGUGAAGAAAAGUGGGUGGGAAGGAGAAAUUGAGGUGAUUGAUGUUGAAGGAGAGGAUCAUGUGUUUGACAUCUUCGAUCCUUAUUCAGAGAAAGCCAAACAUCUCAUUGCCCGCAUUGCUUCUUUCAUCCAGCGUUGAUUUUACUCUGCAGAUGUUUAAUGUCAUGUUCAGACUUUAUUAUUAUCGAAAUAAAAUUGGUGUUCAAUUGUAUUCUGUUUAAUAGUGUUAUUAAGUGUUCAAACCACAAAACAAGAAUCAUAAAAUAAAGUUCUCUUAUAUUUAUGUUUAUGUAUUAAGAGUAAUAAAGAAUACAUUUGUGUUGUU